UCCACGCAUGCGCCUCGUCCAAACAACCUGCAAGUCAUUCCUCUCCUCACCGUCGACACGAUGAGAGUGGUGUUGCCGCCGAAUGUGGGAUGCGGUUACUGGUCAAGGCAUACGGACGCGGUUGGGAAGCUGAAGCCACAUUUGCCUGCCGCAUACCAUACGAGUCAGGCCACCUAAUCCCCUCGUGAAUGUCCUCGUCAGGACCGAGUCAAUUAACCCCAGUGGAGGAAGAGGAACUUCUCUCCACCCUGCUGUCGUUGACACGGUACGACUCCUACUUCUUUAGUGGUGGACGGUUGAACUGCAUCACGCGACUGCUACAGCACACGCCUGGCCACGAUAAUUCUGCGGCUGCGCGAGUCAGGGCACCCUACCAUACUCUUUACGGUACUCGGCCAGAUCUCGAAUUGACAAUACAUGUAGGGUUCCUACUGAAGGCAUGUUCGGGUGGUAGGGAGUGUAUUCUACUAACCCCCGACACUCAGCACCUUUAUUAUUAUUGUUACCUCUGCUUGCCUGCAAGUCGGCGAACUGUCUGGCUGUCUGGCUGAGCUUCGGC